UUAGCUCCUAGAAGGGCAAACUUCAAGGCCCAGCUAUGGGGAACAAGGCUUCCAGAGAGGCCGCAGCGGCCACGGCAGAGGCGUUCCAAGGCAUCUUCUGCACGCCUCUCUCGUGUCACGACCUGGUCUCCGACUCGGCGUCCACUGUGCGGUGUGUCGCGAUGUCGGAUACCCACUGCCAGCUGACCGCUGAGCAGGCCAGAGAAGUCCCGGCAGGUGACGUCUUUCUGCACGCGGGCGACAUUUGCAUGAAGGGAACGAAGGAGGAGCUCAUGGAGUUCAACAACUGGUUAGGACUGCUGCCGCACCGAUACAAAGUGGUGAUCGCCGGCAACCAUGACUUAUGCCUAGCUGGGGAGGAGCGGAGGAAGCUUCUCAGCGAUGUCGGCGAUGUCCCGACCAGUGCGGACAUUCGUACUCAUUUGCUGCCCAAUGCCACUCAUUAUUUGGAGAACGAGAUCGCUGAGCUUGUGUUUGGCAACCGCGGCCAGGAGAAAAGAAUGCGCAUCUUUGGAUCUCCUGUGACGGUGCCAGUUUCCGCCACGAGGGAAAUGUUGGUCGCUCGAAAGUACGGCGCUUUCGCCAUGCCGGAGGAGGAGCAGAAGCAGCUCUGGGCGUCUGCGUUGCCUUCAUCGGGGCCUCAGGUGGAUGUGGUGCUCACCCAUGGGCCACCCCAGGGAAUCCUGGACCAAAUGUUCCAUGGGAAGCAUGUAGGAAGCCAUGCGCUGGCCCAGCAUUUGGGCAGGCUCUUGCAUGCCGGGACGGCGCCCAAGGUGGUGGUCUUUGGGCACGUGCACGAGAGGCACGGCCUGGCCCGCGCCCAACCGAAUGGAGGUGCCUCAACGACCUUCAUCAACGCGGCGAGCGUGAACAUGCGCUACAAGCUGCGGCCGGAGAGUUGCUGCGUCGUCUUCGAUGUGGAGUGCGGCAGAUGAGUACGACUGAGCGGAGGCAGCGCUGUUUAGGGCCUCGAAGUGAAGUCGGGCUGAGUAGUCACGCUUGAGCGGGAAUUUGUACAGUCCCUUUGGCCAGCAAGGCG